AUCGGGGCCAGGAGCAGGACCGGGGCCGGACGGUGCCGCUGCUCCGCCCGCCGCCGCCGCCAUGGCCGCCCCGCCUCAGCCCCCCGUCAUGGCCGCCCCACAGCCGGCGCCGCCGCCGCCCGCCCGCCGCUGCCGCCCGUCCGCCGAGCCGCUCCUCUUCCUCGCCACGCUGUCCCUCGGCCUGCAGGGCCCGCUGGCCACCCAGUACCUCUGGGACCGCCUGGGCGCCGAGCGCGGCUACAGCGGCCCCAACGGCAGCAGCCCCGCGGGCUGCGGGAACGGCAGCGGCGGCCCCGACCCGCUGCGGCAGGAGGUGGAAGCAUUGGUCUCCCGCUGGAACCUCUACAUCAACCUCGGGGGCUUCUUCGUGGGGCUCUUCUCCGUGACGCUCUUCGGGCCAUGGAGCGACAGCGUGGGCCGGCGGCCGGCGCUUGUCCUGCCGGCGGUGGGCAUGGCCGUGCAAGCGGCCAUCUACCUCCUUGUCAUGUACCUGCAGCUGCACGUCGCCUACUUUCUCCUCGGACGCCUUCUGAGCGGCCUCCUGGGUGACUACAACCUGAUCCUGGCCAGCUGCUUCGCCUACGUGGCCGACACCAGCGACAAACGCGCGCGUACAUUUCGUGUCGCCAUCCUCGAGGCUUGCCUCGGCGUCGCGGGCAUGCUGGCCAGCAUCGGCGGCGGCCAGUGGCGCAAAGCACAGGGGUACAUCAACCCCUUUUGGCUCGUGCUCGCCACCAGCCUCGCUGCUGCUCUCUAUGCUGCUUUCUGUCUUCAGGAGUCGGUGAAGCAGCAGAAGCCGGCCAAGCUGCUGACUCUCAGCCACUACAAGGCUGUCUACAGGCUGUAUACGGCCCCAGAGCACCUGAGCUCCAGGCGGAAGCUCGCCCUUUACUCCCUGGCUUUCUUUCUUCUUGUCACUGUACAUUUUGGAACCAAGGACCUUUUUGUUUUGUACGAACUUGGCUCCCCUCUCUGCUGGGCCUCUGAUCUCAUCGGGUAUGGCUCAGCUGCCAGUUACCUGGCUUACCUGAGCAGCCUGGGAGGGCUGCGGCUGCUGCAGCUGUGCCUUGAAGACACCUGGGUGGCAGAGAUAGGAUUGAUUUCCAAUAUUUCUGGACUGGUUGUGAUUUCCCUUGCUACUACAACACCACUGAUGUUUACAGGUUAUGGAAUUCUGUUCCUUUCCAUGGCAGCUACUCCAGUCAUCAGAGCCAAGCUCUCCAAGCUGGUUGGUGAGACAGAACAGGGUGCUCUCUUCGCGUCUGUUGCCUGUGUGGAAGGGUUGUGUUCACUUGUGGCCACAGGAGUGUUCAACUCUCUCUACCCUUUGAGCUUGCACUUCAUGAGGGGAUUCCCCUUUCUCUUUGGGGCUAUAAUUCUUCUUAUUCCAGCAGCUAUUGUCGGGUGGAUAGAAAUCUGGGACUCAAACCCUGAGUACAGUCACUUCUCAGAUGCUUCCCUGUCCCCUGCAGAUGGCUGAGCAGCAACUUAGCAACAAGGAAUUGGCCGGCUUGGCAGCGUCCCUCUGGAGACUGCUCUUUGUUCUUCCCUUGAAGAACAGAUUAGUGUGAGAAGGACGCCGUGGUUGUCCUUACUGAUUUUUAAAUGCCACAUAGUUGGAAAUCAUGGCUCUGACUGCUAGGAGGAACUUGAUUUGCAGAUGUGAA